GAAAUCGUGUCAGUGUGGCACAUCAAGCCAGUCGACGAGGGUGUGGCGCUCCGUACGUGGACUCGGAGCCAGCUGCAUCACUGGGUAGCGUCUAUAGCACGGUAUAUUUUGGAAUGAAUCGCAUCACGGGGGUAGCUCAGAGCCGGCGGCGGAAUAGGCAGGGUCCGCUGGAAGGAGGGCGCUCGCGAGCCCGCUCGGCCGUCCCCGUCGUAGUUCUAGGGACAUGCAUGGUCGCGGUGCUGUACUGGAAUGUUUCGUACUACUCGGACAGUUUACAUAACCAUCGCUCUUCUGCCGGACCCACGGGAGGCAGCGCACCGGUAGCGCAAAACAUCCAGGUACAGAGCGAACCCUUGCGGGACACGCCGGCAGAAGGGGAGGGGGGGGAUGAUCCCGGCGACGCCGCGGAUGUGCCCCUCACAUCGAAGGCGUCAUCUUCGAAGAAGGCGCUUCUCCCGGAGGAGGGGCAGUUGCCAGAACCGCCGCCAGCGACCUCGGCCGCGGGAGCGACAGAGGGCGCGGUAAUAAACGGGGAAGGGGAUUGGAGCGACGAUGGCGAGGCUGGCGAGGGGGGAAGCGGGGCGGGGGAAGGGGUGCACAGCCUCACGGUAGGAGGGGGGAGCGUGGCGACCGGUGCGGCCGAGACGGGGACCGACGCCGGGGUGGACGAAGGAGAGCAUGCGGAGGAAGGAGGAAAGCCGGGCCAGUCGCGUGCGGAGCCCGAUGGAGGAUCGGAAUACCAAGAAGAAGGGGAAGAAGACCGCAUGGAGGAAGCGGUUAGCAACCUGCUCGCCGAUACGUUCGCAUCGGAAGCGGCCGCUGGCACGGGGGCUGCUGCUGCUGCUGCCGCCGCUGCUGCGAAGCUGGACGCGGGUACGAGCGAGGAAGCGCUUAGCAACCUGCUCGACGAUAAGUUCGCAUCGGAAGAGGCCGCUGGCGCGGGGGCUGCUGCUGCCGCUGCUGCUGCUGCGAAGCUGGACGCGGCGGGUACGAGCGAUGGGGAACGAAAUUCCGAAGAGAAGAAGCCGCGGACAACCGACGGUGACGUCGGAGACUCUGCCGACGACGCCCGCAGCGAGUCGACGCGGGGUGCCGGUAGCCAAGGCGAGGGGGGUACAGCCGACGCUUCAUCGGCAAGGGGCGACGGUGAACUGGGGGGAGGGAUCGAUGGUGAACAGGAGCAAGACGGCAUUGGUCCGGGGGCAGAGGAUUGGGGUGGAGGAAUGGCCGAUGGUGCGGAAACCGGGUCAGCAUCGUUCCGCGACGAGCUGUUCGGCGAGGGGCAACAACAAGCGACCGCCGCUGCUGUGAGCAGCUCGUCCGUGCCGAGACCAGAUGAAAUUCGGAGCGGGGAUAGGGAGGGCGGCAGAGACGUCGGCUCGCGUGAGCAGCAGCAGGCCGUGGUGGACAAUAGUCCCCGUCAGGAUUUGUUGUCGCAGCCUCGUAGAGACAGAGACCAGCAGCAAGAGCCGCAAGGAACAGUAGGUGUUGCCCCUCGAAGGUUGUUGCUGCCCGGGUUACUGCCGGACCUGCAGCAGCAUCAGCAGGAUCAGGGGGAGGGGAAUGGUGUCUCAGCAGCGUUGGUGCAGCCCGGCGGAGAGGGAGACCAGCAACAACUGGUGUGGGAGGAGCAACAGCAGCAGCAGGAGCAGCAGGAACCGGAAGAUGUGGAGCCCCCUGCAUGGAUGGUGGAGCUUGAGUCAGCAACGUUGGCAAAGCCUGGCGGGGAGGGAGAUCAUCAACAAGAACCGGUGUUGGAAGGGCAACAGCCGCAGCAACAGCAGCAAGAGUGGGUUGAUACUGCGCCUGAAGGGUUGAUGGAGCCCGGGGAACUGCCACACCCGCAGCAGCAGCGGCAGGAGCAGGCGGAGGUUAACGGUGUCCCCGCAGCGUUGGUGCAACCCGGUGGAGAGGGAGGUCAGCAGCAACAACAACCGCAGCAGCCAGUACAUACUGCGCCUCAAGUGUUGUUGCAACCCGGGGAACUGCUAGACACGCAGCAUCAGGAGGAGGCGGAGGAACAACGUGUCCAAGAAUCGUUGGUGCAGCCCGGCGGAACGGGAGAUGAGCAGCAACAACCGGUGUGGGACGAGCAAGAGCAAGAGCAAGAGCAGCAGCAACCGGUUGAUGUUGUGCCUCAAGGGUUGUUGCAGCCUGGGGAACUGCCGGACCCACAGCAGCGGCGGCUCCAGCUGCAGCAGGCGGAGGGAAACGGUGUCCCAGAACCGUUGGUACAGCCUGGCGGAGAGGGGGAUCAGCAGCACCAACCUGUGCGGGAGGGGCAGCAGCAACAGCAACAGCAACCGGUAGGUACUGCGCGUCAAAAAUUGUUGCAACCCGGGGACAUAUCAGACACACAGCAUCAGGAGCAGGAGCACGAGCAGCAGCAGUGGCAGCAGCAGAACGAGUCGGAGGAAUCACGAGAAGACUUUGCGCAAACUGAAGUUCGGACUGACGAGGCGGGCGCCCCUGCAGUUUCUGCUGUGGUUGAGCCGCCUAUAAUCCGAGCCUCCAACGGGGCUGCUCCCGGUGCGAUGGAGUGCGCAACGACCAAGCUAGGGGAAGGCGUCGACAACAUCACGAACAUUGCGACGUGGAGGGAUGUGCCCGGAGACGCAACGUACCGCCACCCCCUUGCGGAGGAGCACGGGAGCAAGUACGUUACCCUACAGAAGGACCUCGGAGGUUUCAACAACAUCCGCCUCAGCUUGGAGUGCGCAGUAGCGAUUGCCGCCGCCACCGGUCGAACGCUCGUGAUCCCUCCACCCUUCCAUAUCUGGAACAUGAAGGGCACCGCGAAGAAUGAGGUCGACCUACGUGAACUCUUUUCUUUCGACAAGCUCCGUGCGUCGGGCCGAGUUAACGUCAUCACCACGGCCGAGUUCCUGGAGCGGGAAGCAGUUACGGGUAACCUCGGCGUACAGCCUGACAAGAGCGUCAUGCUCCUCGACGUAAAGGCCGUCGAAGCUUAUAUGGAGCAGGUGGCUAGUCAGUACGACGGAGGCCUCCCGGAGCUGAGCGUAGAAAAGGCGGCCCUGGUCAUGCCGCGACGGAUAGACGGGAAAGUCGACCUCGAGGACGAGAGCUACAGUUUCGCCAAGAGAUGGAUCUACGGGAGAGAGCUGCUCGAGUACAAAGGGCAGCCAUGGGAACACGCGAAGGUUAUCCACUGGCGAGCGAAGGAGUCGCGUCUGUUGGCACCGUUCUACGCGUUCGUGCUGCACGCGGACGAGGCGUCCGACCAGUACCACAAGCGCCUUCUCCGAGACCUGGUGCACUACCCCGAGGAGGUGUACUGCAAGGCUAGUCAGAUUAUCUCGCUUCUCAGACAAGAAGACCCAUCCGGCGAAUUCAGCACGUUCCACGUCAGAAGGAAUGACUUUGGAAAAACUUACGAGAGUGUCAUGAUCGAUCCGGCUGAUGUGAUCGCGAAUAGUGUGGACCACCUCAACGAUAACGAAGUGGUGUACGUUGCGACCGACGAGAAGGAUCUGUCGGUGUUCGAGCCCUUUAAGAAGAACGUUCGUGUGAAGUUCUUGUCGGACUACUACGAGCGAGCAGGGGUGUCCGAGCUCAACCCCAACCUCGUCGGCAUGCUGGAACAGGUCAUUGCGAGCCACGGGCGAACUUUCACGGGGUGCUGGCUAUCCACCUUCACGGCGUACAUUCUUCGGCUCAGGGGACACCUACAGAUGCCCAGAAAGUCCAACUGGUCCUACUUCAAUCCUAGGAAAGAGUACAACCAAGCUUACAAACUGCCCGAAAACCCUCUGUGGAUGACCGAGUGGCCCUUCGGGUGGGAACGCAUCGACGAGACCGGCGUUCCCGACCCUAUGGCCCCCUGAUCAUAGAGACGCGGGUGACUGUCGUAGAAACCCUCCGUCGGCAUGCGUGGGGCAUGAUGGUUUGCGCUUGCGUACGUGCCCCCCCGCGCGUGUGUGUUGGCUGACUUGUGUUGUCCUGCCUCUUGUGAGUGUUUUCACUUCCGAACCCUUUGGUGUCAGUAUGUGUAUUACCCUCCUUUGUAGAUGAAUGUCGUCCCUGUUGAUACUGUGAAAUGUCGACUUUGUUGCGUGGUAAAUCGCAGCUCUUCUUUAGCGUUUGGCGUUACCGUGUCGCCGUUCCGUACGGCGAUCGAAACGCUAAGGUUAAUUUGGAGAUACAUGUUGUCCACGAUGUCGCCGGUCCGUACCGCGAUCGAAACGCUCGAGUUAUUUCGAGAUACAUGUUGUCCACGAUGCCUCCAUUUAAGGAGAGCGCUCUACAUAUACAAGGAAUUUCUCGCGUGACCUAUUGACGGUGCCCGAUUGUUGUCGGGGAGAAGGAGCGGUGCCCAACCUCGAGGGCGAUCGGGGGUCCGUGCUAUGAUGCAUUUGCGAGGCCCCGCCUCUAGUUGGGGUGGGAAUGACGUGUUUGGCAUUAGGCAGCACUCUGCUGCUGCACACGGGCGGAAUGAUCCUAGAGCGCGUAGCCUGGAUUAUCCCAUGUUGGACUGCUGACAAUGGCUGGAGUAGGGCAUCCUCGUCAGGGAAACUGCUCACGGCGUCAAGUUGCAAUGCGUGGCCUUGAGGACCACCACUACUUGAAGCACGAGCUCGAUUUGUUAGCUACAAUACCGAAACAAAUCUUGUGCACUCUCAGAGGCGUGGGUGUUUUUUCCCCGCUAUUCCGCUAGUGUAGUUGUGGGGUCAUGGCACGGCCACCCUACCGAAGUCACGUAGUUCAGAAUAGGUCGAGGUCUCUCUAUUUAGCACACCGUUGGACGGAACUUUUGUUUAUAGUGGUGUCGGCUAUCUUGCUGUAGCUAGUCUGUUGAAGUACAACAGCGGUCACAGAUCCGUGUUGGCUGAGACAUGUUCGCGAUGCGCAUGGUCGGGGCGUGAGUAGCUUCCAAGAGAUACUGGCUGCUUACCAGCGGCGCUCGUUUAGUGCAUUAGCGGAGCCAUUGGUUCAAGGCAAGGGGAUCAUUUGCGUAAUAUCUUGUAGGCGUGUAAAUGACUCGAGUCACUGCAUCGUUCCAUGAACUCCUAGACUAUUUGUGUGUUUUAUGCUUUCUGUCUAUUCUCGUUAUGGCGUCGCCGCUUUUGGAGUUUUGGUAUCGAGGGCACUGUAUUAGUCCUCGACUCUUUUUGAUUUGUGCUGCUAGUCUGCACUGUGUUUUCGGAGGUUGUCGCAAGUACGAGUUUGUUCAAUUAUUCAAUGGUUGCAUGCUGUUUCCACUAAUUCUUGUGAGGCUUUGGUUGCAUCGAUGGCUGAAGUUUCCGCUUUGUGAUCGAUUCAAACCCCACAGAUGUGAAGGUGAACAGGUCGAAUCGGGGGGCGAUUACGCCGCGGGUUCAAUAGCGAAGUUGCGCCGCGUCUGUCUUCCCUUGGGUGGGAAGCGCUACUAGGGGCAAGCGCGGAAGAAGUACCUAGCCCAACGUUGAUAGGAGGCACCGGGCAACCUAGGGCGUGGGUUAGAAGGUCUCUCUUUCCCUCUAGAGAAAUAUCUUGAAAACCUCCUUUUCGUGCCCCGUUUACCACGCUCCCGCCAUUGCUGUCUAUAAUCCCUAUCAAAUGUCCCCUCGAUUCGAGGGGACAUUUGACAGGGAUUACGGACAAGAGACGGCUCAAGUGGGAAGGCAGCUUUGUACUUGCACCCAGGGAUGGAACUGACUGCACUAUCCAAUCACCAGGCGUCGUUCGCUCUUUUUCUUACAUUUCAGAAAUUUCGCAAGAAUGCGGAAUUUUCUGUGCGUGGGUUGUAAGGAUGAUCCGAACUGGGGGUAGCUUGUCGCAAGACGUGUGUUGAAUAGGGUGUCGGCAACUCGGCGAACUCGCGCCAAGGAGGAAAGACGUGUAGGGUUUGUUGCAUAAACUUCUUCUUCACAUGAACUCACAUGAACUGAACGCACGCGUGCACGCACCACCAUGAGGGGGCGACGCAGCAUACAACAGGGGUACCUUGCACACCCUGAAAAUACAUUCCACGUACCACACAAUCCUACAACCACUUGGCAUUGCUACAAGUAUAUCUACCAGCCCCCUGCUUGUGACCAUGCCAUGUCUUUUUCGAUCCUACAUAACUCCAAAACACAAGAAAAUAAAAAUAAAAUCAAACCUCAAUUCAACUCUAGAACAAUAGCCUCACUGGCUAGACAUCAAUAACCAUCCCCGAUCAUACCAGUUAUACUUGUUCGAACUUCAGUGAACUAGUUGCCCCCCAGUCUAGAACAUCAUCCAUUGAGGAAAACCAUAGGCAAAAAUGUAAAAUGUUGCCACCCCAAUUGUUUGAUCACACACAAAAUGAAUCCAAACACCAAUAUAUUAAUCCAUACUCAUCACGUAGUUAUGAUGAAACUCAAAAUCUCCCGCGUGAGGUGCUUUCGUGAGAAAGUCAGCAUGUUGAUACGCCGAUUCCACGUUAAAAAUCGACAUCUCCUUCCUGCCUACCAGUUCCCUGAUAAAGUGGUGCCUUACGUCGAUGUGCUUCGAGUUACUGUUGCUUAUCGGGUUUUGCGCCAACUGAUUAGCCCCCUGGUUAUCCUCGAACACCUGAAUACACGGCAUGCCUGCUUCUGGUAACAUGAAACGCCACACCUGCCUCAGAAACAACACUUCCUUCAUCACAUCCGCAAGAGAGACAUACUCCGCCUCUGUCGUGCUCAACGUAACGCACUUCUGGGUCCUUGAAAACCAAGAAAUACAUCCCCCCCCACACAUCACCAAUCCCCCUGACACAGACCUCCUAUCGGCAGCCUUACUUGCAUAGUCUGCGUCUACGAACACCUCCAUGCUUAAUCCUGCUACACUACCCCUCCUGAAUGUAAUACCCAAGUCACUAGUCCGUACCACAUACCCUAAAAUAUCAAGCCCUGCUCUCCAAUUAAUUUCUUUGGGAGAGGCACAGUACCGUCCUACCGCUCUUGCUGCAUUCGCGAUAUUUGACCUCGUUUGCGUUGCCAGCCACAUCAAUGAUCCUACCAGCUCGCGAAAAGGCCAUGAUACCACUUGCUCAUCCUGGUCAAACUCUGAAAGCUUCAACCCUACAGGAAGAGGAAUUUCCUUCCCGUACUCUACCCCAAACUCCAUCCCCAACUCUUCAGCGUACGUCUGCUGCGAGAUCUUCAAAGUUCCUGCAUCCCAAUCUCUCUCAUAAAAACAUCCAGAGUACCAUCUCAAAUCCCCAAGAUUCUUCACAGGUACCAUGGUGUUGAGGUCCCUGCCAAACUGGUCACACCUCUCCUCCUCUCCUAUCGAAAAUAUAUCAUCUACAUGUACCACCAGAGUCACUACCACUCUUCCCUCCUCAAUCAACCGAAACACACACGUAUCCG